AUGGCGGACGCGGAGGAGAUGACUGUGGGCGCCCGAGGAGCCAAAUCCCAGUGCACCCUUCUUCCUGGUUGUGGCCUGCCUGCCUCGGUUUCCUCGGCUGUAAUGAGGCGUCCCAGGCACUGGCGAGGGUGGGAAUGGGCUGAGCGCUGCCCUGUGCUCCCCCGACAGGCCCUGGUGACGUUCAAGGAUGUGGCCGUGGACUUCACGCAGGACGAGUGGGGGCAGCUGGACCCUUCCCAGAGGUGCCUCUACAGGGACGUGAUGCUGGAGAACUACGAGAACCUCGUCUCCCUGGGGCUUCCUGUGUCCAAGCCGGACGUGAUCUCGCAGCUGGAGAGAGGAAGAGCGCCCUGGACGCAAGAAGGGGGCUUCCGUCCAGCUGUCCUGGGCCACCUUCCUGCCCGCUGGUGUUCCGCCCGCUUACGGCCAGGCCCCUGUGGGGACCCUUCUGUUGCCUCCUUACACUUCGUGGUCCUCGAGGGCGGUGAAUGUGAAAAAGCCGUCAGUAAGGGCACCCAUCACGUGGAAAACCAGAAAACCUAUCCUGGAAAGGAGAGUGAAUGUGAGAGAGAAUUCAGCCAGAGUGGAAGCCCAUCUCCAAAUGAAAGCAUUAAUAUUUUUGACAAACCCUUUAAAUGUCAUUACUGUGGCAAGGCCUUCAACAACAACUCAAGCCUGAUUUUGCAUCUAAGAAUUCACACUGGAGAGAAACCCUUCAAGUGUAAUGAAUGUGGCAAAGCCUUCAGCCAGAGGGGUAACCUCAAUGAGCAUAAGAAAAUUCACACUGGAGAGAAACCCUUCAAGUGUAAUGAAUGUGGCAAGGCCUUCAGCAGCAAUUCUAGCCUUACCCUACAUCAGAGAGUUCACACUGGAGAGAAACCCUUUAAGUGUAAUGAAUGUGGCAAAGCCUUCAGCCAGAGGGGUAACCUCAAUGAACAUAAGAGAACUCAUACUGGAGAAAAACCUUUUGAGUGUGGCGAAUGUGGGAAAGCUUUCAGCCAGAGAGGACACCUUACUGAACAUCAGAGAAUUCAUUCUGGAGAGAAACACUUUGAAUGCAGUGAGUGUGGGAAAGCCUUCAACCAUAGAGUAUCCCUUAUUGAUCAUCAGAGAAUUCAUACAGGAGAGAAACCCUUUGAAUGUAAUGAAUGUGGGAAAGCCUUCAACCAGAGAGGGCACCUUAACGAACAUAAAAGAAUUCAUACUGGAGAGAAACCUUUUGAAUGUAAUGAAUGUGGGAAAGCCUUCAUCCAUAAGGGAAGCCUUACCGAGCAUCAAAGAAUUCAUGCUGGAGAGAAACCCCUUGAAUGUAAUGAAUGUGGCAAAACCUUCAGCCAUCGAACUUCCCUCUAUUCUCAUCUGAGAAUUCAUACUGGAGAGAAACCCUUUGAAUGUAAUGAUUGUGGAAAAGCUUUCAGCCAUAAUGCAUCUCUUAUUUAUCAUCAGAGAAUUCAUAAGAGAAACCUUGUAAAUGUAAUGAAUGUGGGAAAACUUUCAGUCAGACAGGACACCUUCUUAGACAUCAGAGAGUUCAUACUGGAGAGAAACCCUUUGCAUGUAAUAAAUGUGGUUGCUCCUCACCAUCCUAAGUCAGUGCUGGAGCUGCUGACCAGAUUCUCAGCUCUGGGGUUUGGGGAGCCCUCGCCCCUGUGCCGCCUGCUCGUGCUGGCUCCCCAGCUGGGCCGGCUCUCCCUCUCUGAGCCGUGUCCAGUGGCCGGAGGACGGCACCUGGGGCAGAGUCUGGAGAAGUCCUUUGUAUUAUAG